GGGGGGGGGGGGGGGGGGGGUGCUCGACCACGUCAGGGGCCUGGCCUUGUUGAGGGGAAAUUGAGGUUCAAGUUCAGUUGUGUAAACUGCUCAGGCUGCUCGAUUUCCAUCCUCACCGACAGGACGUUCGUGCCUUCCAGGUUCGUGACGGCGGGCGGGAAUCACGGCAAAGACACAAUUGGGAAAGGAAGGGCGCCCCUGUCGCACGGUGGAAUCCCUGAAGAAAACAGUGAAAAUAGGGGCAGCAAUGGGCCGGGUUGAUGUCAAGAUACGCAGGGGAGCGGGUUCCUCAAAGAUUCCAGGCUUCUGAGAAGGGGAAUGAUCUGCCGGUCCAGAAAUGGCACUUUUUAACUGCCUGGGGCUGUUGGCCCACAGUGACCUCACUGGCGGGCUCACUGGGUCCCAUUUUCAACGAAAUUAAUGACAUCCCACAAGAAGAGUCCAGGGAGCGCAAAACCUCGUCAAAGGCAAGGUUGGCCGUACGUUGUGGGUUCGAAGAAGCUCCCAAGUGGUAUAACUCCUGUCGUCUCCGAACACGAAUCAGGGUCGCUCGGCAUGAAUCGGGCUGCGACAAUGGCGUCGCCGCUGCACUUGGAAGGCCAAGUCGAACAACGGGUACAAGUGGGGCAGCCCUUGCAUCCGUGUCAGCGGUGUCGUCAUUGUGUGCGCCAAGUGUACUGCGUACAAUGCAACUCCGAGUCCACGAAGUUUGCUCGGGGUUGCCGCUUCGAGAUAUUCAAGACGAGUUCAUACCAUGGAAGAACUGCUGUAGUUAUCCCGGGCUACCUCUGGGCCUCGUUACCAGGGCUCACGAGACGACGACCAACGAUCAAGGCCGCAUCUGCUUGGCAACUCCUUUUGAAGGACUCCCGCAGAUUCAUGUGCACGAGACUCCUCGCAGCCAGCGGCAGAAAGCUCCUACACAGUACUGUACACAGUAGAGUUACUCAGACACUCUUGUCCCGCAAGGAUCGCACCAUGCCAGAAGUCCUUGGCCUUGGAACA